UAAUACUGCUUCCUGUUAUCGUAUCAUAAUCCAUCCCCCAUACAUUACCUCACCACAAUUCUACUACACCUACACCAACAAGAAGAAGAAGAAAAAGAAUGGCAACAAUAGCUGGAGUAAACCUGUCGACCCCAAGAGUCAUGGCCAAGGCCGCGGACUCGCCAAAGGCCCAGCCCAUGAUGAUCAAGGGGCUCUGGCUCAGCCACCCUUGGAAGAGGUCGGCCCAGUUGGGCGGAGCCGGUCGGAUGCACGUCAGACCCCUGGCUGCAGCACCCGACAAGAUAACGGACAAGGUGGUGGAGAGCAUCAAGCAGGCCGAAGACGCGUGCUCCGAUGACCCGGUGAGCGGCGAGUGCGUUGCGGCUUGGGACGAGGUGGAGGAGCUGAGCGCGGCGGCUAGCCAUGCACGUGACCGGCAGAAAGAAUCCGACCCGUUGGAGGCCUACUGCAAGGACAACCCGGAGACCGACGAGUGCCGCACCUACGAGGACUGAAGGGUUUAGAUUGAUAAUCAUGUUUACGUUUUAUAUCCUCUUUGUAAUUGCAUGGGAUUAGACGAAUAUGGUUUAUUUAUUAUAUUAUGAAAACUUUCUGUUA